UCUCUCUCUCUCUCUCUCUCUCUCUCUCUCUCUCUCUUUCUAAAACCAGUUCCAACUUCUCUCUCUCUCUCUGAUCUCUAGAAGAAGAGGAAGGAGCAAAAGAUGUCUUCGGAUGACGAAGGAAGAGAGGAGUACCUCUUCAAGAUUGUGGUUAUCGGCGACUCUGCUGUCGGUAAAUCCAAUCUUCUCUCUCGUUACGCUCGGAACGAGUUCAGUGCGCAUUCCAAGGCUACGAUCGGCGUCGAGUUUCAGACGCAGAGUAUGGAGAUUGAAGGCAAAGAGGUUAAAGCUCAGAUUUGGGAUACUGCCGGCCAGGAGCGGUUCCGUGCCGUCACCUCUGCUUAUUACCGUGGCGCCGUCGGUGCGCUCGUCGUUUACGACAUCACCCGCCGCACCACUUUCGAGAGCGUCGGGCGUUGGCUCGAUGAGCUUAAGAUCCAUUCGGAUACAACGGUGGCGAGAAUGCUGGUGGGAAACAAGUGUGACUUAGAAAACAUAAGAGCAGUGAGCGUGGAAGAAGGCAAAACCCUAGCAGAAGCACAAGGACUCUUCUUUGUGGAAACAUCCGCACUUGAUUCGACCAAUGUGAAAACAGCUUUUGAAAUGGUGAUACUUGAUAUCUACAACAAUGUCAGCCGUAAGCAACUCAACUCAGACACCUAUAAAGAUAAACUCACCGUUCAUCGAGUAAGUCUUGUUAAGGACGAUAACACUGCCUCCAAACAGAGCUCCAGUUUCCCCUGUUGUUCUUCCACUUAACAAAUUUAUUUGUCCCUUUCUUUCUCAUUGUAACUUUUUUUUUAAAUAUAUUUUUAUAUUUUUUUCUUUGUCUUACAGAAGAAAAGAAAAAUUCAUGAACUGUAAUUUAUUUUUGUUUUAUUUCUCCUAUUAUAAAUUUUUGGGAAAUAUUGAAAUUGAUCUAUUCACUUUACUUGGAUC